GUCAACUCAAUGCCGCUCACGACAUUUAUUUAUUAAUUCACCACCGAUAUCUGGACCUCAGAGCACCGACCGAUGAGCAGCGGUGUGUGUCGGAGGCUCCUGCGGGCCGCCGGCUCCUCUCCGGCGGCCUCCCCGUCCUCCCGCUGCAGCCCGCGGGCCGGGCCGAGGGGGGAGCCCCGCAGAGGGCUGUCGGCGUCCGGCGGCACCGUGAACGUGUUCGACAGGGAGAUGAAGAAGAGGCAAAAGAACUGGUCCGCGUCGCUGCAGGACGGACACAAGUACGACUACCUGCGGGACGAGGUUGGCAGUCGAGUGGCAGAUCGGGUCUAUGACAUUGCGAGGACGUUUCCUCUGGCUCUGGACAUCGGCAGUGGGAAAAGUCACAUCGCAGAGCAUUUGAGCAAGGACGUCGUGGAGCGUUUGGUCCUCACAGACGUCUCGGAGGAAACUCUGAGACGAGCGAGACGGAGUGAAAUCCCGACGCGCCGCGUUCUCGCCGACGAAGAGUUCCUGCCGUUUAAGGAGAACACGUUCGACCUGGUAGUGAGCAGCUUGAGUCUGCACUGGGUCAACGACCUGCCCGGAGCCCUGAAGCAGAUCCAAUAUGCGCUGAAGCCUGACGGGGUGUUCAUCGGGGCGAUGGUGGGCGGGGAGUCACUGUACGAGCUGCGCUGCUCCCUCCAGCUGGCGGAGAGUGAGAGGGAGGGGGGCUUCUCCCCUCACGUGUCGCCCUACACCGCCGUCACGGACCUGGGCCACCUGCUGGGCCGGGCCGGCUUCACCAUGCUCACAGUGGACAUUGACGACGUUCAGAUUCUCUAUCCGGGAAUCUUUGAAGUCAUGACCGACCUCCAAGGGAUGGGCGAGAGCAACUGUGCCUGGAACCGGAGGUCGCUGCUGCACAGAGACUCCAUGUUGGCGGCAGCAGCCGUUUACAAAGAGAUGUACGGUAACGAGGACGGCGCCGUCCCAGCCACCUUCGACAUCCUCUACAUGAUUGGCUGGAAGCCUCACGAGUCCCAGGCCAAACCAGCGAAGCGCGGCUCAGCCAACGUGUCGUUUAAGGAUUUGUCAUAGAUCGGCCAGCCGACCCACACGGACACGUCCUUGAGCAACAUGAGCCACUGCAGACUGUAGAUAAUGUAUUUUAUUUAAACAACUAUGUUUUGUUGCCGAAUUAAACGCCCAGAAGAUGUGUUGUCUGGAAUGAAGUGAGCGAUUUAAAAAAUAAAUAAAAACACUUUAAAAAAGGCA